AUGCUCACAAAACGCAGCGCGGUGCACUUGCUCCUCUCCUCUCUGAACCCUCCUUCCCACGAUCCGCCCACCAUCUCGGGACUGGAGUCACGUGUCCCCCCCGCCUAGUGUCUCUCUGUGAGCCGACAGCACCACAAAUCAAACUCAUCCAGCGCCCGGCGGAGAGAGAAAGGAGGAUGAGGAACGGAGAGGUGAACACGGACAGAAAGCCGCUUGGACGACGGAGAGUUAUAAUGGAGAACGUUUGAUGGAGGAUGCGCGCUGCAGUGAUCCGAAAUGCUCCCUCUGUUGCCCGCAGAGGAGGGGUGUGAUAAGGCGUCUGAGCAGGACGGGAGAUGAGAUACAGACUAUUUCGGAGACCCUCUUCGUCCUGUGAUCUCGGUGUAGGGGGUGUGUGGGACGUGGGUUGCAGAGCUCAAACCUAAACUGUCGAUUGGGGACAGUUUGCGCUAUCUUUUUUUAAACCUGCAGUAGAUCUGUGGGUGUACGAAGAGACGGGUGGUCUUUAUCAUGAGGGCGCUUUCAGCAAACUUGUUCGCUUUCCUUCUCCUGUGCGCCCUUGCAAGUGUUUUUUAUGUCUGGAGCGCGUUAGAGAGCCGCUUGGAUCGACAUAAACGGAGGUUUGCGGGGUCUUUGAACCAAGGUCUCCCUGUGGACCUCUCUGCCAAAACUUUCCGGGUACUGCUCGCCGUCCCGGCGGCACAAAGACCGCGCUUGGGGGGCAGACUUCAGGCGCACAACCUCACGGAUCAAACCGUCUCUGCAGGAAGUCGAGAUUACCAUGUGAAUGGGGAUAACAAGAGGUCAGAACGACGGGAGGGCCCGGUCAAGUUGGGCUCCCCGGUGGAGGAUGGGAUAUUUUGGAGCGAAUGGCUGGAGGAUCUGCUCCCUGCGGGCUUCACUGAGGAAUAUGCUCAGGCGUGGAGAGACAGAGCGAGGACACAGCCGGUGGUGAAGCUGGAGCCCGGAUGCGGCAGGAUAUCCAACCAGCUCGCCACUUUUGCAGAUGGGACCAAAGCGUGUGUGCGUUACGGGAUCAAUGCGGAUCAGGUGCAAGGAGAAACUCUGACUUAUUACCUCGCCAGUUUGCUCGGUAUCACAAAUCUGCCUCCUCUCAUACUGUCCCAGCUGAGCGCUGAUAGUGAACAAUGGGAUGCAGUGAGGGCGAGAAUAGACGGUUUACAGUGGAGCGAUGGAGCCGUGGUCUCUCUCACUAAGUGGGUCUCAAACCUGACGGGGGUGGUCACACCUGCUCCGCUCAGACAGGAGAGCAGCGGGCUGCAUCCUGUGCUGCACGAGCUCUGGAACAAGACGACGGCGGAGCUGUUGGAGCUGAUGCAGUGGUCAGACCUGAUCAUUUUCGACUACCUGACCGCUAACUUCGACAGACUGGUCAGCAAUCUGUUCAGCCUGCAGUGGGACUCGCGCGUAAUGGAGAGGGACACGAACAACCUCCUAAAAACACCACGCGGUGACCUUGUGUUUAUAGACAACGAGGCCGGGCUCGUGCACGGGUUCCGGGUGCUGAACAUGUGGGAGAAAUAUCACAGUACAGUGCUGAGCUCAGUGUGUGUGUUCAGGAAAAGGACAACGCAGCGCGUGGCGGAGCUGCACAAGCGCAGAGACUCCAGGAAAAAGCUCCUGGAGCUCUACAGGGACAGCGAGCCUUUGUCCGUGGAAUUAGGAUUUCUCUCUGAGGAACACGCCGCUGUUCUCCAGGACAGAAUAGACAGAUUAUACAAACACAUUUUACACUGCAAAGGAAAGUACAGCCAGCUGUGAGCGUUCAGCACAGGUGAUAGAUUCGUCGUCUGCACGGUGUUAUGAAACUGGCAAACCUGUACUCAACUAAUGCGCAUUAAUCUUAGCUGUCUUGAAUAUCCAGCAGAACUACCUCUUGUGAAUAGAAUGUGUUGCCUACUUUAUAAAUGAGUAAAUUUGACACAUGUUUAUAAGCUCCUCAGUUUGUCACUGUCCUCUCACAGAGAGGAAUGAGUAAGGCCAGUUGAUCCUGUCCUAGUUCACAUUUCUUAUCCUUCUACUUAUGACUAGAACUUCAUAACGCAGCCCUUCCCCUGUAUCCCGGUUAUUGCCUUCUGUUUAGUUGUUCUAACGGUAAACUCCCAAGCCUUAACUUAAUUUGACUUUUGCAAAAUUGGAUUUCUGUUAACAUGUGGCUAGCUUUUUCAAAGAAAUCUUUUUGCAUAGUACAUUGACACAGCAGCACCUGCUCUUGUUUAUGAAUUGCAUUAAGCCUUAAACUCACAGGUGUAUGGUACACUCUGUACAUGUUGUAAGUAUGAUGUAAAUAUUAUCCAACGACCUGUUUUGGAAAAUUUGUGCUCCACUUAUUUAAUGUGCAUUGUAACAUUCCAACUUCUCUUGUCCUUUUUGAUAAAACACUGUUAUUUAAUUUGA